AUGGCCAAGGCAAUGGAAGCGCUUUUGGCAGUGGUGUUGUUGCUGUUUUGUGGUGAGUGGCAGGUGGUUCGUGGAGAAUUCGAUUACAGAGAUGCUCUAUCUAAGUCUAUCCUCUUUCUAGAGGCCCAACGAUCCGGUAAACUCCCACAAUCCCAGCGAGUAAAGUGGAGAGGAGAUUCUGGCCUCACAGAUGGGAAGUUGCAAAACGUUGAUUUAGCUGGGGGUUACUACGAUGCAGGCGAUAACGUGAAAUAUGGGCUUCCCAUGGCAUUCACUAUCACCACACUCGCUUGGGGCACACUGGAUUAUGGGAAAGAGUUGAAAGCUGCAGGAGAGAUUCAGAAUGCAAGGGACGCUAUUAGAUGGGGAACUGACUACUUUCUCAAGGCUAGUGCAACUCCAAAUGAAUUAUGGGUUCAGGUGGGUGAUCCCCAGGCAGACCAUAAUUGUUGGGAGCGUCCAGAAGAUAUGGACACUCCUCGAUCUCUUUACAAGAUUGAUAAAGACACCCCUGGAUCAGAAAUUGCAGCAGAAACGGCCGCAGCCUUGGCUGCCUCCUCCAUUGUUUUCAGAUUCACAAACCCUCGUUACUCACACCUUCUCCUCCAACGUUCUCAAUCGCUCUUCAGCUUUGCCGAUCGAUACAAGGGCACCUACGGAGGAGAGUGUCCAUUUUAUUGCUCUGUUUCAGGCUACAAUGACGAGCUUCUAUGGGCUGCAUCUUGGCUAUACAGACCUACCAAAUCCUCAUAUUAUUCCAACUAUAUUAUCCAGCACGACGAUGUAAAGGCAUAUGUUAAUGAAUUCAACUGGGACCUCAAAUAUGCUGGAGUUCAAGUGCUUCUAACAGACUUAUAUUUCCAAGGGGAAGCUCAAUUCUCAGCCUAUAGAAGUAAUGCAGAACGCUUUGUUUGUUCACUUCUUCCAGGCAGUCCCAUUCGUUCUGUUAAAACCACCCCAGGAGGUUUGUUGUAUGUUAGAGAUGGCGCCAACACUCAAUAUGUUACCAGUGCUGCUUUUUUGAUGGCAAGAUACAGUGAUUUACUAUCAGCUAAGAAGCGAACAUUGUCAUGCGGCAACACUCUCUUUAAACCCAACGACGUUAUGGGCUUCGCAAAGCUACAAAGCGAUGCGGGACCGGGAGAAGGGAGAGACUUUGAAUUUGAAAUUAGGACUAGGCGGGAAACCCUGCAAUGGACAAGCAAACCAGGGGGAGGGCGGAAAGGAUGGAUCUCAGGACUGCCUGAUUCCUCUGAGCCAAAUGGAAAGGACCUAGUGGAUGGGAACCCAAAAGCUGGUGACAAGCUUCUCGAUCCUGAUGGGGGGAAUGGAGCAUCAUGUGCUAGACACAGCCCAAGGAAGGGACCUAUUUGUAGGGACAACGGUCGGUCAUAG